AAGGGAUAGAGAAGAACCCUAAGAUAUUGUUUGCAAAAGGGGUUUAUCGUCACACACAGACAUCAUAAGGCCAUAUCACUGGUUUGGUGCCGUUGUUUGUGUUAGUUCUUGUUGAGUGAUAGAUUAGAUGGAGCCUUCACUCAUACUAUCUUCACCUUCAUCAUCCACCCCUUUACCUUUCUUCAUCUCAAACACUCUUCCUUUCCAUGCAAAACCCAAUCUUUCCGUCAAACUCAAUUGCACCCUGCAAAAGUCCCAGUUUUGGGGAAGAAAUUUGAGUUGGGUCCCAUCACAAUUGCCGCAUGGAAGACCGAAAUUUGAUGCGGCGAGCCCCAUAAUAACAGCGGCGGUGAAGAGAAGGAAAGAGAUUCCGUUUGACAACGUGAUUCAGAGAGACAAGAAGCUGAAAUUCGUUCUGAGGGUGAGGAAUAUUCUGGUGGCUCAACCAGAUAGGGUUAUGUCGCUUAAGCAGCUUGGCAAGUUCAAAAGAGAUUUGGGGCUCGAUAAAAGGAGGAAACUUAUUGCCAUAUUGAAGAAAUUCCCAGCAGUGUUUCAGAUUAUGGAAGAAGGGGUUUACUCUCUGAAAUUCAAAAUGACCCCUGAAGCUGAGAGACUCUAUUUUGAGGAGCUGAAGAUUAGGAAUGAGUUGGAAGACUUGGUGGUCGUCAAACUCAGGAAGUUGUUGAUGAUGUCACUGGAAAAACGGAUUUUGUUGGAGAAAAUUGCACAUCUCAGGACUGAUUUUGGUCUCCCCCUGGGAUUUCGUGACACCAUUUGUCAUAGGUACCCUCAGUACUUCAAAGUGGUUGCAACUGAGCGUGGCCCUGCCUUGGAACUAACUCAUUGGGACCCUGAGCUUGCGGUUUCAGCGGCUGAGCUAUCGGCUGAGGAUAAUCGCAUCAGGGAAAUGGAGGAGCAGAAUUUGAUCAUAGACAGACCUCCCAGGUUCCACAGGGUGAAGCUUCCUAAGGGUCUUAAUCUUUCCAAGGGUGAGAUGAGGAAGAUUAUGCAAUUCAGAGACUUGCCUUAUAUUUCGCCUUAUUCUGAUUUCUCUGCACUGAGGGCAGGGACAAGGGAGAAGGAAAAGCAUGCUUGUGGAGUUGUUCAUGAGAUUCUGAGUCUCACACUUGAGAAGCGGACGCUUGUUGAUCACUUCACACAUUUUCGAGAGGAGUUCAGAUUCUCUCAGCAGCUGAGGGGGAUGUUGAUAAGGCAUCCUGAUAUGUUUUAUGUCUCUCUGAAAGGAGAUAGAGAUUCUGUGUUUCUGAGGGAAGCUUACCGGGACUCUCAGUUGGUGGACAAGGAUCGGUUGUUGCUUGUAAAGGAAAAGCUUCGUGUUCUGGUUAAUGUUCCGCGAUUCCCCAAGGGACCUGCUCGCAAGACCCUUGAAGAUAGCUUGAGAGAAGGUGGUGGCAGAGAAGAGGAAAGUGAUCAAGGGGAAGAAGCAUGGUCAGAAGAAGUUGAUAAUUUAGUGAGUGACGAAGGAUUUGAGGAUUUUGAUGGUGCUGAUGAUGGCUGGAGUGAUGAAGACGAUGACAGUUUGCCACCAGAUUUUGAUGACGAUGAUGAAGUAAUGGAGAUUGGACAAGGAAAGGCAAAUAAACAAGUUAAAUACACGAGACAGAAUGAUGAAGAGGCCCUUCUUCCUGUAUUCUCCGAUGGCCGUCCCAGAGAACAGUGGUGAUCUCCAUUAGACCUUUCAAGCUUGGAGUUUUUCAUACAGGAAACCAUGGCUUCAAAUUUGAUUUGUACUGUGGCUGAUUUGUGAUGGAUGUUUUACACUGCGCUUGUUGUAUUCAACUUUAUUUUUACUUUUUUGAUCCUCCUUUUAAAGGUGAUCUGUAUAGAAGGUUGAAUAUCAAUUGCGAGCUCUGCAGUUUAGCAAAUUAUUUUAUAGUAA